AUGCGCCCUGCGAUCUGCGCCCUAUUCUCUGCGCCCCAUGCUCUGCGCCCCAUGCUCUGCGCCCUAUGCUCUGCGCCCCAUGCUCUGCGCCCCAUGCUCUGCGCCCUAUGCUAUGCGCCCUAUGCUAUGCGCCCUAUGCUCUGCGCCCUAUGCUCUGCGCCCUAUGCUCUGCGCCCUAUGCUCUGCGCCCUAUGCUCUGCGCCCUAUGCUCUGCGCCCUAUGCUCUGCGCCCUAUGCUCUGCGCCCUAUGCUCUGCGCCCUAUGCUCUGCGCCCUAUGCUCUGCGCCCUAUGCUCUGCGCCCUAUGCUCUGCGCCCUAUGCUCUGCGCCCUAUGCUCUGCGCCCUAUGCUCUGCGCCCUAUGCUCUGCGCCCUAUGCUCUGCGCCCUAUGCUCUGCGCCCUAUGCUCUGCGCCCUAUGCUCUGCGCCCUAUGCUCUGCGCCCUAUGCUCUGCGCCCUAUGCUCUGCGCCCUAUGCUCUGCGCCCUAUGCUCUGCGCCCUAUGCUCUGCGCCCUAUGCUCUGCGCCCUAUGCACUGCGCCCUAUGCUCUGCGCCCUAUGCUCUGCGCCCUAUGCUCUGCGCCCUAUGCUCUGCGCCCUAUGCUCUGCGCCCUAUGCACUGCGCCCUAUGCACUGCGCCCUAUGCUCUGCGCCCUAUGCUCUGCGCCCUAUGCUCUGCGCCCUAUGCUCUGCGCCCUAUGCUCUGCGCCCUAUGCUCUGCGCCCUAUGCUCUGCGCCCUAUGCUCUGCGCCCUAUGCUCUGCGCCCUACGCUCUGCGCCCUAUGCUCUGCGCCCUAUGCUCUGCGCCCUAUGCUCUGCGCCCUAUGCUCUGCGCCCUAUGCUCUGCGCCCUAUGCUCUGCGCCCUAUGCUCUGCGCCCUAUGCUCUGCGCCCUAUGCUCUGCGCCCUAUGCUCUGCGCCCUAUGCUCUGCGCCCUAUGCUCUGCGCCCUAUGCUCUGCGCCCUAUGCUCUGCGCCCUAUGCUCUGCGCCCUAUGCUCUGGUUCCUAUUCCCCUUCUCGCCAAACCUCCACCCGCCCCCGCCCCUUUCCAACCCCUACCCCUCAUGGUUGUCCCCUUCCUCCCUUUCCCCCACCCGUUUUCUUCCUCCCACAUGAGGCAUGGAGGAGGGCAGGAGAAAGAAAUUUGAGGGUGGAGUGUCGGGGGGUGGCGAACAACAUAGCGGAGUGCAUGGCAGCACUCUCCGCCGCGCCCUUCCUCAUCUCCGCUGUGGGGGAUGACGCUGCAGGCAGGUCGCACUGCUGCAGGCAGGUCGCAAUGCUGCUCUGCUCUGCUCCCCAUCUGUUCCUCCCCAUCUGUUCCUCCCCAUCUGUUCCUCCCCAUCUGUUCCUCCCCAUCUGUUCCUCCCCAUCUGUUCCUCCCCAUCUGUUCCUCCCCAUCUGUUCCUCCCCAUCUCUGUUCCUCCCCAUCUGUUCCUCCCCAUCUUUUCCUCCCCAUCUGUUCCUCCCCAUCUGUUCCUCCCUAUCUGUUCCUCUCCAUCUGUUCCUCCCCAUCUGUUCCUCCCCAUCUGUUCCUCCCCAUCUGUUCCUCCCCAUCUGUUCCUCCCCAUCUGUUCCUCCCCACCUGUUCCUCCACAUCUGUUCCUCCCCAUCUGUUCCUCCCCAUCUCUGUUCCUCCCCGUCUGUUCCUCCCCGUCUGUUCCUCCCCGUCUAUUCCUCCCCGUCUGUUCCUCCCCAUCUGUUCCUCCCCAUCUGUUCCUCCCCAUCUGUUCCUCCCCAUCUGUUCCUCCCCAUCUGUUUCUCCCCAUCUGUUCCUCCCCAUCUGUUCCUCCCCAUCUUUGUUCCUCCCCAUCUGUUCCUCCCCAUCUGUUCCUCCCCAUCUGUUCCUCCCCAUCUCUUCGCGUGCUAG